CGCCUCCCGGGCCGGGGCGGGGCGGACGCGGGCCUCCCGGGGGGCGAUCGCCCAACAAAGGAUCCCUGGGGCGCCCGCCCUCGAGGGCCUCCCCGCCCCCGGAUCCGGCCCCGCCAAGCGCCCCGGACCCGGCAUUCCGGGGCUCCCCCGCCGGGCCCCGCCGUCGGCCGCUCGGGCGCCCCUCACUCGGCCACGCGUCUGCGUUCCAGGUGCGGCCGGGAGCGGCCAUGUCCCACGGCCCCAAACAGCCCGGCGCGGCCGCCGCGCCGGCGGGCGGCAAGGCUCCGGGCCAGCAUGCGGGCUUCGUGGUGGCUGUCAAGCAAGAGCGCGGCGAGGGCCCGCGGGCCGGCGAGAAGGGGUCGCACGAGGAGGAGCCCGUGAAGAAGCGAGGCUGGCCCAAGGGCAAGAAGCGGAAGAAGAUCCUGCCGAACGGGCCCAAGGCACCUGUCACGGGCUACGUGCGCUUCCUGAACGAGCGGCGCGAGCAGAUCCGCACGCGCCACCCCGACCUGCCCUUCCCCGAGAUCACCAAGAUGCUGGGCGCCGAGUGGAGCAAGCUGCAGCCGGCAGAGAAGCAGCGGUACCUGGACGAGGCCGAGCGAGAGAAGCAGCAAUACAUGAAGGAGCUGCGGGCGUACCAGCAGUCGGAGGCCUACAAGAUGUGCGCAGAGAAGAUCCAGGAGAAGAAGAUCAAGAAAGAGGACUCCGGCUCCGGGCUCAUGAACACGCUGUUGAACGGACACAAGGGUGGGGACUGCGACGGCUUCUCCACCUUCGACGUCCCCAUCUUCACUGAAGAGUUCUUGGACCAAAACAAAGCGCGGGAGGCGGAGCUGCGGCGCCUGCGGAAGAUGAACGUGGCCUUCGAGGAGCAGAACGCGGUGCUGCAGCGGCACACGCAGAGCAUGAGCAGCGCGCGCGAGCGCCUGGAGCAGGAGCUGGCGCUGGAGGAGCGGCGCACGCUGGCGCUGCAGCAGCAGCUCCAGGCCGUGCGCCAGGCGCUCACCGCCAGCUUCGCCUCGCUGCCCGUGCCCGGCACGGGCGAGACGCCCACGCUCGGCACCCUGGACUUCUACAUGGCGCGGCUGCACGGCGCCAUCGAGCGCGACCCCGCGCAGCACGAGAAGCUCAUCGUGCGCAUCAAGGAGAUCCUGGCCCAGGUCGCCAGCGAGCACCUAUGAGAUUGUCAGCGGCCCCAGGAUCCAGAGAAGACCAAGCUCUGGUCGCAGCCCCUUCCCCACCGCCACCCCAUGGAGGAGGGGUGGGGGCCACCCUUUGGGGCCAGGCCCAAUCCUGCACCUUGGGGGCUGCAGCCCCCCUAAAAUUAAGUUUCUACAGCAUCCUUCUAGCUUUCACCCCCCCAGCACCCCAGCCCAGAAGUCACGUGCCCUGCAAGACACACUUAGACCCCCACGGCCCCAGGGCCUGCGAGGCUGCUCACCUCCCAGAGCACGUCACACACUACAGGGACGUGGGGACACCACACACAGCAGCGUAACCCAGGACACGGGAAGGUCACACUGGCUCUCCGGGACCGGCCCCCAGACCCAGGGCAGGGGAGACCCCCACCUGAGACCCAGGGACGCCGGCUGGUGCUCACCACAAGCCCCCCACAAAGACAGGAACGCUGCGGGGACCCGCUCCCACACUCGGGGUGGGGCCCCCGGCCUGCAUCCCAGAAUGGGGGACUGGUACUGACCACCCCGCCCUCGUCCAGCAGAGGGACCCUCGUGGAGUGGCCCCUUGGCCACCACCCAGUCUGGACUCUUUAAAUAAAAAAGUGGAAUUUGAA